AUGUACUUCUCCGACCACCACGGCCUCUUUGUGCGCCUGGCCUACGCCGACCGGGUCGAGGGGCCGUGGACGGUCUACCCGCACCCGACCCUCACCCUGGCCCAGGUCUACGCGGCCAACAACGUCACCUACAACGAGUCCAGCCUCUCGUACAAGGCCGAGUGCACCUCGCCCGACGUCCACGUGGACCACCAGGCGCGCGUGGUCCGCAUGUACUUCAAGCACCGCAUCCCCACCUACCACUACGCCAUACUCAGCGGCGUGGCGGUGUCGCGCGACGGCCUGGGCUUCGCCCCGCGCGGCGGGGCCAUCGGCCUCUCCUACGUGCGCGCAUUCACGUGGGCCGGCGACCGCAACUACACCUACAUGCUCGACCGCAACUACACCUACAUGCUCGACCGCCACGGGAACAUGAUGCGGUCGGCCGACGGCUACGGCGGGUGGGAGCCGGGCAACGGCCUGGUCGGCAAGGCCUUCGCCAACCAGAGCAUGAUCAACGGCGGCGACCAAUACACGGGCCGGGUGCGGCACGUAGGUGUGAGCGUCGCAGGCCACACGCUCCACGUGUUUGGCAGUCGCGUGGGUGACGCGCCCGAGCGCAUUCUGUGGGCGUCGAUGGACCUCCGCUGCACGCUGGUCGAUUGGAGGACCUGCGCGCCGGUCGGGCCGGCGGUCGACGCCUUCCGAGGGGUGAUGGCCUACGAGGGCGCGGAGUACCCCGUGGUGCCCUCGCGCGAAGGCGACGCCAUCGACGUCAACCAGCUGCGCGAUCCGUUCCCUUACGCGGACGAUGGCAAGUGCUUCAUCUUCUACACCAUCGCCGGCGAGAGCGGAAUCGCCGGUGGCCGCAUCGCAGACACCUUCUGCGAUCACCAGCCAUGA